AUGCGACGAAAGGUCAUAUGGAACUCGUUUCCGACUCCAAUCCGACGCGGUUUCCUCCCAUAUACAUAUAUACCGCAUCAUCCUGUUUUACGCGAGUCCAGCAGCACGACUAAGCUUCGCGUAGUAUUUAACGCAUCGUGCAAAACCUCUAAUGGAACUACGCUAAAUGAUUAUCUAAUGACCGGGCCUAAAUUGCAGCGUGAGUUGUCUACGAUCCUCCUUCGUUGGAGACAAUUUCGUUACGUAUAUACCGCGGAUAUCGAAAAAAUGUUUCGUCAAAUUCGCGUUCAUCCGGAUGACGUUGAUUUCACUCGAAUUCUCUGGCGAUCAAGAGACGAUCGUCCAAUUCAAUCUUAUCGGCUUUUAACCGUCACUUACGGUACUGCUCCUGCUCCGUAUCUCGCGAUGCGAGUCGUCAAUCAAUUGGCUCUUGACGACGGCUCCUCGUUUCCACGCGCGCGAGAUAUUAUACAAAAUUCCCUCUAUGUUGACGACGUACUAUUCGGCGCCGACAACAUCCAGUCGCUCCGCGAAAGUCGGGAUCAGCUUACGAAGCUAAUGACGCGAGGCGGAUUUCAUUUAAGGAAAUGGGCCGCGAAUUUAAAGGAAUCAUUGGAGGAUAUACCUCCAGGAGAACACGAACUCGCGAUUGAGCACCCGUUUGAUAAAGACAACACGCUCAAGGUACUUGGUCUUACGUGGAUUCCCAGUGAAGAUGCCUUUCGAUUUCAUAUCGAGCCACCGUCGCUCGGAGUAAAUACAAAACGCUCCGUUCUGUCGUUCAUCGCGCGUUUUUUCGAUCCGCUAGGAUGGGCGUCUCCGGUAACAAUUACCGCGAAGAUCUCAAUACAGGAACUUUGGAUUCAAAAAUACGAUUGGGAUUCUCCUAUCGCGGACGCAUUACUUCCGUCGUGGAAAAGGUAUUAUACGGAACUCACGGAAUUAAAGGAAAUUCGCAUACGUAGAUGGACCGGUAUGCUUCCGGAGCACAAGGGCGUCGAAUUGCACGGAUUCGCAGACGCUUCGAACCGCGCUUACGCUGCGGUCGUCUAUUUAAAAAUCCUAAAGUCGCCUGGUGAAGUUUCGAUUACUUUGUUAACGGCUAAAUCAAAAGUAGCGCCAAUUAAAACGAUUAGUGUUCCGCGACUAGAAUUAAACGCGAUUGUCUUACUAACCCGCUUGCUGGAAUCAGUGCAGAAUUCAUUAGACCUAAAACAUAUCCCGACGUACGGAUGGUCGGAUUCUUCCGUCGCUCUCGCUUGGCUCCAAGGACAUCCUUCGAGAUGGAACUCGUAUGUCGCGAAUCGCGUAUCGGAAGUACAAACGCGUCUUCCGUCCAUUAAAUGGAAUCAUGUUCCGUCUAAAGAAAACCCAGCGGAUUGCGCGUCUCGAGGCUUAUCGCCCGCGGAAUUACGAGAGUUUGAACUUUGGUGGUCCGGUCCCGCCUGGUUACACGCACAUUCUCCCGCAUGGCCGAACCGAAAUAAAUUCCAAGCUCAGCUCGAUACUAAUCAAGUUUUCAUUGAGUCCGAAGCUCGCAAAAUUAACGUGUGUCUCAUACAAAAUAUACAAGAAUGGGAAUUGCCGAACGAAGUUUCCACAUUCACAAAAUUAGUUAGAGUCACCGCGUACGUAAAGCGUUUUGUCUUCAACUCCCGAUGUUGCGUUUCCGGACUAGACAAAUGCAACGGAAGGCUAUCCGCGUCCGAACUCAAGAGUGCGUCCGUGUUUUGGCUGCGUUACGUGCAACACAUCAGCUUUUCGUCCGAAUUCCACGCUCUAAGUAACUCCGGGUCGAUCGCCAAAUCUAGCGCGUUACGAUCUCUUCACCCCUUUCUCGGGGAGGAUAAAUUAAUCCGCCUUGGCGGGCGGAUCGAAAACUCAACGUUAACUUAUAACGAGCGUCAUCCGGUUGUAUUACCGAAACACCGAAUUUCGGAUCUAUUAAUUGCGCGCGCGCAUAAAGAUUCUCUUCACGGCGGCACUCAACUGACCCUCCGAAUCCUGCGUCAAAACUACUGGAUUCUUUCGGCCCGUACUAGCGUCAAAUCGCAUAUACAUAAUUGUGUAAGAUGCGUCCGUGAACGCGCGCUCACGAUGCAGCAACUAAUGGGGAACCUUCCCAAACCUCGCGUCUCCCCAUCGGCCCCGUUCUCGCACACGGGCAUCGAUUACGCCGGACCUAUGAAUAUAAUCCCGACAGUCGGUCGAGGACAACGCACACGGAAAUAUUACGUUGUCGUGUUCAUCUGUCUUGCGACUAAAGCGAUUCAUCUAGAGUAUGUGGAUGACUACGCUACCGCCGGGUUUCUUGCCGCGUUGGCCAUUUAA